AUGGCUUCCGAAACUACCCAUCAAUCUCAUCCUCCUCUUCACUUUGUUCUUUUCCCUUUCAUGGCUCAAGGCCACAUGAUCCCAAUGGUCGAUAUUGCAAGGCUCUUGGCUCAGCGCGGUGCGAGGAUAACAAUUGUCACUACGCCUCACAACUCAGCAAGGUUCAAAAAUGUUUUAAGCCGUGCCAUCCACUCUGGUCUGUCCAUCAACGUAGUGCAUGUGAAGUUUCCAUAUCAGGAAGCUGGUUUGCCAAAAGGACAAGAAAAUGUAGAUUCGCUUGACUCGAUGGAGUUGUUGGUACCUUUCUUUAAAGCGGUUAACAUGCUCGAAGAUCCGGUCGUGAAGCUCAUGGAAGAGAUGAAACCUCGACCAAGCUGUCUAAUAUCUGAUUUUUGUUUGCCUUACACAAGCAAAAUCGCAAAGAAGUUCAAUAUCCCAAAGGUUGUUUUCCAUGGCGUAUCUUGCUUUUGUCUUUUGUGUAUGCAUAUUCUACACCGCAACAACGAGAUAUUAGAGGCCUUAAAGUCAGACAAAGAAAUUUUCUUUGUUCCUAGUUUUCCUGAUAGAGUAGAAUUUACUAAACCUCAAGUUACCGUGGCAACAAAUGCAAGUGGUGAAUGGAGAAAGUUCUUGGAGGAACAGGUAGAAGCAGAUGACACAUCCUAUGGCGUAAUUGUCAACACAUUUCAAGAUUUGGAGUCUGCUUAUGUGAAAGACUACAAGGAGGCUAGGGCUGGUAAAGUAUGGUCGAUUGGACCCGUUUCCUUGUGCAACAAGGUAGGAGCAGACAAAGCUGAAAGGGGAAAUAAGGCGGCCAUUGAUGAAGAUGAGUGUCUUAAAUGGCUUGAUUCGAAAGAAAAACGGUCAGUCCUAUACGUUUGCCUUGGAAGCAUAUGCAAUCUUCCUCUUGCUCAGCUCAGAGAGCUCGGGUUAGGCCUCGAGGAAUCUCAAAGACCUUUCAUUUGGGUCAUAAGAGGUUGGGAGAAGUAUAAUGAGUUAGCUGAGUGGAUCUUGGAGAGCGGUUUUGAAGAAAGAACCAAAUAG